AUGGAUAGCUCCAUAAUCCAGGGCGACGAUGUCAUAAUUACUGACACGUUUUUAAGUGACGAGGAGGGGGAGGCGGAGGAACAGUUAAUAAAACAAGAGGCCGCUGCGCAAAGGAACGGCCGAGUAGGGAUACAAAAAAGUGAUGAUAAUACCGCCUAUGUGGGAAACAAAAACUGGACGAGUCUUGGCCACACAAAUUUUGACGGACCAAGUGAAGAUAGAGCAUCUUCCCCCGAGAAGGCAUCUAUAAUGUUAGAAAAUGAUAAUCCAUAUGAAGAAAAAGCGAAUCGACGCGACAACCUGGAGGAAGGUUUUUUCGACUUUGGCAAUUAUCUCAACGGUGUUGAUGACGUUGAGGAAGAAGACAAACAGGAAGAGAGAGGGAAGAAGAUGCGAUCCAUAAGGAGCAACAAAGUUUGGCAUGACUCGGAUGAUGAUGUGUUGGAGAAGAGCUUGAACAGCCGUUCCCGGGGGUUUGCAGCCGAAUCGGAGGAUGACGAAAGCUUAGAGGGAGACCAAGUCGAAAUAGGACAUGAAACGGAUGAAGAACAUUUGAUCAAAAAUGAACAGAGCGAAAACUAUUUGGAAAAAUGCAUCGACAGGGUAGACAUCGAAACGUACGAGGGGGAGGAAACAAAAGACGCGGCAUCCACCAUCAAUAUGGAAGACAUAUACAUUUUUGAUAACAACGAAGUGGAUUCUCACAUAAAGAAGAAGAAACGACUAAAUAAAAUGAACGAGAAAAGCAUAUUUUUGAAAUACUACUUACAGAAAUUUACUUUCCAUCGAAUUCAGGACAAAAAAAUUAGACAGCUCGUGGGUAUGCCCAAGGCAAAUUUAAUUUUGCCUGUGUAUAACUCCGAUUUGUAUGUACUUCAGUACAAGGAUAAGUUGCUAAGCCUGUCGAAGAAGGUCUCCUUCCGCGGGAGGAUCGGCCAUGUGCAUGAGAGCAACGGGAGUGUCUAUAUACUCAUGCAUGAUAACUACGUUCGGAACUACAAUUUGGAAAAGGGGAUUGUAUACAAAAAUCGCAUUCAUCUUGGAAACGCUGGACGUGUGGUCCCCAUGGAAAUAAAAUUCUUUAACAGAGAAAGUGAGGAAAAGAAGGGGCUAUCACAUCAGAGUAGCGACCACCUGUAUGGCAUAUCGUUCAAACAGAGCAGGAAGAUAAACAUCUACGACACAAGAAGUUUUGAUGUCGUGAAGAACUUCGAAAUGGAUUAUAAAUGUAUUGGUAUGAAUUUCCACCAAAAAACAAACAGCUUGUUCGCCAUUGACAGUAAAGGAAAUCUAUACAAUUGGUGUCUGAACACAAAUCAGUUAAUCAACAGAGUUGUGGAUAACCACUCCGUUUUUCCAUCAUGUUUUACCCUCCACGAGGAUUAUAUCGUUACGGGUUCGUUUACUGGCUUUCUCAAUCUAUUUCGAGUAGACGAUUUGACGACCCCAAUCAAGAGCUUUAAAAAUUUGACGCUCCCAGUUAGCAAUGCUAUUUUUAACCCCACUCAUAAUUGUCUACUAUAUUAUACUAAGCUGGCAAAGAAUGGCAUUAAGCUCAUCGAUUUAGGUACAAAUUAUGUGUAUUGUAACGUCCCUUGGUUUAAUACCAAUGUGAGAUACAACGUGCUUGCUGCCGAUUUUUUCAACGGUGGUGAUAAUCUGUGUUUCUCCGUUAAGGCGAAUUCGUUUUACGUGUAUGACCUUUUUGGGGACAGCUCUGUUGCCUCCGGAGGGGGCUAG